CUGAAAGCUGGACCCUAUACCGUCUGCGUUCGUAUCAUCCAGUCUCCAAAUUCAAGUGAUCAGCCAGUUCCUGAUGGCCGAGUGUGGUGAACAGCGUGAGCCAAUCAUGUUCACAUGCAUUUUAGUGCACAAUUAAGAGUUACCACAGGCGAGAUGCUGGAUGUGAUGAAACAGCUUCCUGUACACCACCCAGAGAAAGAUGAGGCCCUCUGUGUGGUUUUAAUAGGAUCAGUCUUUCACAACUGAAGGCUGAAGACAACAGCAGCUGGGAUAUGUAUGAAAACGUGAGGGAGGGCACUUCCUCUACUACCGAACCAUCUCCUACAUGAUCAUGCAUACUGACAGCAUCAGCCGGGAGCGGAGUCCUGCUGUCCCGUGGAAUUAUCACGGCGCCGAGGCGAGAUACGCAUGGAACAUGGCUGCGAUGAGGACUUUAACCGUGGCGGGUCUCUUUUUGGCGUUUUGCGCUUUGGGACUGAUUGCGAUAGCGAUCAGCACUGACAACUGGUACGAGACGGACGCGAGGAGGCACCGGGAACGCUGCAAGAAUUAUUCAAACAAAAGAAACGACCCCGGAUACAUCUACAUCUCCAACAACAACCUGCCACUUCGCAUGUUGCCGAAGGAGAAAAAUGUGGAGAGGAGGGGCUCCAGCGUCGGCGGCGAGAUGCUGCUGCGGGCGAAGCGGCACUUCUUGCCUCCUGCCCCGGCCAUGGAGUCCCUCUGCAGUCGGCAGUACAACUCCACCAUCACCGGACUGUGGAGAAAGUGCCACCGGGGGGGAUUCGACCUGGAGACGGAGGAUUUGAUCUUUAAAGGAUUGGUUCCGCGCUGCACUCCAAUAAAAUACUACUACUCAUCAUCAGCGUUGCCCAGAAAUCUGCCAAUCAAUCUGACGAAGACAAUAAGGCAGGAUGAGUGGCACGCGCUCCACCUCCAGAGGAUGACGGCCAGCUUCAUAGGCAUGGCCAUCUCCAUCAUCCUGUUCGGCUGGAUCAUAGGCGUGCUGGGCUGCUGCAAGGAGCAUGAUCUGAUGCAGUAUGUCGCUGGACUCCUCUUCCUCAUGGGAGGGACGUGCUGCAUAAUAUCCCUCUGCACAUGUGUGGCCGGGAUCAACUUUGAACUGUCCCGCUACCCCCGCUACAUGUUCGGGAUACCGGAGGACAUCAGCCACGGGUACGGCUGGUCCAUGUUCUGCGCGUGGGGCGGACUGGGCCUCACGCUGCUGGCUGGGUUCCUGUGCACGCUGGCCCCUUCCCUCUACCCUCCACACACCCCCGUGGUGCACAAGCCCAGGCAGGAGAACGGCUGCGUGUGACAGGCCGCCGCACAUCUAACGGACACCUGUCUCAUCCUGAAACGGUGACGAGCCCUGUUCAAGAGACAGUUUCACCCAAGGACUCAGAGCAGGGAGAGAGACAGAGGGGCCUUCACACAGCUUGGCACAGAGGAAGCACAGGACACUGGCUCUCGCUCUCAUGAAAAAUGACAAAGAGGUGACAUAUGACUGAAGAUGAUUUCAGUUCCUCUGGUGCUUUUUUUUCCCCCCGUCCCUCUUUAUGAAUGAACUGUUCAGUGUUAUUGCUUGCUCUUCGAGAGGAGAAUAGUUAUACAAUUUUUUUUUUCUUCCUGUAAAAUCUGCUAGUCUGAGAAGAAAAAAAAGAGAAAAAGAAACACUGGCAGAAGAUCAAUAGCACAACUUUGAAAUCUGUAUUGAAGAUCAAUCCAUGGAUGUGUACCGUCACAUUUCAAAGGGCAACUGUGUAUCAUUAUGUACCCAUCCAAAACCAAGAUAUGUAGGCUACAUGUACUUUUUCAAUCAUAUGUAUGCGGAUGCAUUUGUGUUUAUUCAAGGAAAAAUAUGAGCAUCAAGACCAAACUGUGUUUGAGGGAAACGUUUUGUUGUUCUUGAGGUCUUACCCUCCCCCAUCAAAAUAUUUUUGAAAAAUAAAACAGCAAUGCAAACCUUUUUUUUUUUUUUUCUGCCCGUGUAACACACCGAACCAACAUGAUAUAAACGUCUUUGUGGUCGUCUUUUCUCUUGUUCUGAGUCACUGGUGUGUCAGCAGGCAGUGAGAUCGAGCCUGCUGAUGGAGUCCAAACAUUUACAGCGUUUCUUUUAAACAGCAGCUGUUUCUCUUCCUGUUAGUGCGACGAGCAGUCUGUUUUAUUCAACCACUUCUGAACUCUUAAAUGUAAAAAAUGUCAGUGACCAAAGCUUGAGUCAGUGACUGAAACUGAGUGACAAAAAUAAAACAAUCCAAAUAAAAAAGAACAGAUGAAA